AUGGUCGGCCAACGCGGCCCCGUGCCGGUGCCGCAGCACACCGAUGCCACCCAGCUGGUCCUUGACCUGCUGAACGAGAAGCCCACCCUCCAUUCGAACAAGGACUUGGCCAGCUUUUCGCAGGUCGAUGCGAAGGCCGCCUUGGACCGCCUGGCCUCGCGCUCCAUGGUCACGUACCAGACCGCCGACUCGGAGGUGGCCGUGCUCACGAAGGAGGGCCAAACCAUAGCCGACGAGGGCAGCCACGAGUGGAAGGUGUGGGACGUGGUGAAGCGGAACGGCAAGGUUCCCAUCAAGGAUCUUCCCGGCCUGGCAGCCAAUGCCGAUGUCAAGGUCGGCCAAGGCAACGCCUUUCGCAACAAGUGGAUCAAGAAAGACGGCGACACGCUGAUUCCGCUGGUCGACGAGGUGCAGGACACCACGCGCGCAACCCUUCAGAACGUCGCCGAGACUGGCACCAUUACCGAUGCGAAAUUGCUGGCCGACUUGAAGAGGAGGAAACUUGUGACUACCUCAAAGGUCUUCACCUAUACCGUCGAAAAGGGCCCCAAGUAUGCCCGUGAGGUGCCCGUCGAGCAUACCGACUUGACUGCCGAUAUGCUGCUCGACGGCUCGUGGCAGACCGCAAACUUCAAGCCUUACAACUUCAACGCUCUUGGCGCUCCUCAGAAUGCCGGCGCGUUACAUCCUUUGAUGAAGGUGCGCGCCGAGUUCAGGAACAUCUUCUUCAACCAGGGCUUCGUCGAGAUGCCCACUUCUCGCUUCGUGGACUCGGGCUUCUGGAACUUCGACGCUCUCUUCGUUCCUCAGCAGCAUCCUGCCCGUGAUAUGCAAGACACCUUCUUCAUUUCUGACCCCGCAGCAGCCGACCCGCCCCGCGAUGACCCCGUGGCUGAGGCGCAGAUGAACGAGAUGGAAGAGGGCGGUCGCCACCUGUACGCAACUGCCGAAGCUGAAAAAAGGAUCAAGCCUCGCGACUACGAGAAGUACUGGAACGACAUCAAGGCCGUGCACCAGGACGGUGCCUUCGGAUCCGUGGGCUACCGCUACCCCUGGUCCAAGGAUGAGUGCCUCAAGCUUGUCCUCCGGACGCACACGACCGCCAUUUCCACCUGGGUGCUGCACAGACUGGCUGAAGAUCCACGUCCGGCACGCUACUUCUCCAUCGACCGUGUCUUCCGCAACGAAUCUGUGGAUGCGACCCAUCUGGCAGAGUUCCACCAGAUCGAGGGUGUCAUUGCGGACUUCGGCCUGACUCUUGGCGGUCUACAGAAGUUCCUUGAGACCUUCUUUGCGCAGAUCGGUAUCACCAACCUGCGCUUCAAGCCUGCCUAUAACCCUUACACAGAGCCGUCCAUGGAAAUCUUCGGCUACCACCAAGGCCUCGGCAAGUGGGUCGAGAUCGGCAACUCUGGCAUGUUUAGGCCCGAGAUGUUGCUGCCCAUGGGCCUACCUGAGGAUCUCCGUGUCUACGGCUUCGGUCUGAGCUUGGAGCGACCAACCAUGAUCAAGUAUGGCGUCAGCAACAUUAGAGAUUUGCUCGGCCACAAGGUUGAUCUGAACUUCAUUGAGAGCAACGCUGCGGUGCGCCUGGAUAAGAACUAG